UCAGAGAAGACCAGCUCUGGUCUGGGAAGGAUUGGGAGGAAGCUUGAGCCCAGCCCCCACCUCCCCCACCUUGCUCAGCAUUGGGCUGGGAAGGGGGCCAGACCCAAAGGACAGACGCAGAAAGCACACAAAACCUGGAAGCCUCUGAUGCCAGAUCCCGCGUGGGCCCUGCGGGAGGUUUGGGGAGCAGGGCUCUUAGCCAGUGGGCCCUGGCCCCAGGCUGCCUCAGGAAGCCGGGUUCAUGGGGUCUGCUGGGGGCACAGCAAGUAGAACCCUGGCCCUGUGUGAGGUGAGGCAUGGUUGCUAGGUGACUGCCAGGGCAGCCACUCGCCAUCAGAAGCACUCUGCUUGCUGUGCUCACCCCUCAGCUGCAGCCACCCUGGUGCCACUCCUUCCCUGGCCACCAUGUCACGGCAGCUCAACAUAGACACGUUACGGCAGAACUUCUGGAAGGAGGAAUAUCUGAGGGAAAAGAUGUUGCGCUGUGAAUGGUACCGCAAGUAUGGGUCGAUGGUGAAGGCCAAGCAGAAGGCUAAGGCUGCAGCCCGCCUGCCCCUCAAACUGCCCACCCUGCACCCCAAAGCCCCACUCUCACCCCCACCCACCCCCAAGUCAGCCCCUUCCAAGGCGCCCAGCCCUGUCCCAGAGGCUCCUUUUCAGUCAGAAAUGUACCCAGUACCACCUGUCACCCGAGCCCUGCUGUAUGAAGGCAUCUCCCACGACUUCCAGGGGCGCUACCGCUACCUCAACACUCGAAAACUGGACAUGCCAGAGACGCGAUACCUCUUCCCCGUCACCACCAGCUUCACAUACGGCUGGCAGCUGGGCCCCCCAGUGAAGCAAGAACUGGUCUCCUGCAAGAUGUGCCGCAUUGAGUCAUUCUUCCGCAAGAACGGGGCCUUCGCACUGCUUGAUCCCCGAGACCUGGCCCUCUGACGGUGGGCCAGGUGUGGGCUUAGGGGAGGGAAGAAGAAAUAACAGGCCUCCCGGUGGGGCAAAGCUGU